AAAAAAACAAGUAACAAGUUCAAAAGUAAUCUUGAGAACAAACAUGAGAUAUACUCACUCGCUCAACAAAAGGCGGCAAGUGAGCAAAAGGAUCAACAACACCCUCAACCAGCUGAAACUGAGCAGGACCCAGAGAAGCCGGCCACUGUCGAGCCUAAAUCAGCCACCAAGGAUACCAUCGAGGCAGUUGCUCCACUAGAAAUUGAGGAUAAAUCCGAACCAGAACUAGAACUAGAACCGGAACAAGAGGAAAAGAACGAGGAAAUUCCCUUGGAACAACCACAAACAAAAAUAAUAACUGCAAACCCACCGGCAACUCCAUCGACUGCCAUUUCUGCUGCAGCUCAGAUAAGACAGCUCCCCGAGAGCAAUCCCUUGAAGCAGAUCCUGCAAGCGGAGCUGCUGAUCAAGCGGGAAAAUCACUCGCCAGGACCGCGUACCAUCACUGCAACGCUGCUUAGCGGCACUAGCGGCGGCCUGCGUCUCGAGGAAAAGCGUCCCAAGUCGGUGACCGCUUCGGUCUUCCGACCCAGUCCAGCGCCACCUUUGACCCCACCGCCAUCGAGUGGUGUCGUCGUCAUUGGCAAGAAGCCACAGCUCCAAGUGGAGCCAACAUUGCCGCCCACAACAACAGCCACGGCAGCGAUUAUCUCCUCCAGUAAUCAGCAACAUCAACAGCAGCAACAACAGCAGCAGCAACAUCAGUCACAGAACCCACAACCGGCUCAAGAUAUGAAUAAAGGAUUCUGUUCGCUGUAUGCUGAUGAAGGACGAGGCUUAACAAUGUUUAAGGAGGAACCCGACGAUCUGUCCCAUCACCUGAACUCCACUGCCUGCAUUCAGCUGGACGAGAUGACACCGUUUAGCGACAUUCUGGUGGGUCUAAUGGGCUCCUGCCUGCUGCCCGACGAUAUCAACUCCUUGGACUCGACCACCUGCUCCAGCCAGCAUUGCCAGAGUCCCAACAGUAGCAGCAGCAACUCUGCUGCAAGCAGCAGUCCCAGCAACAGUUAUGCCACCAGUCCGCUCAGCCCGCUUACACCCAAUCCCAAUCCGGCAGCAGCUACUCAGUCCCUAAAUCCCAGCCAGCAACAACAGCAGCAGCAGCAGCAACACAACCAGCAGCAGCAGCAACAGCAGCAACAACAGCAGCAACAUCACCCCCAGCACCACGACAACAGCAACAGCAGCAGCAACAUUGAUCCGUUGUUCAACUACCGCGAGGAAUCGAACGACACGAACUGCUCCCAGCACCUGCACUCGCCCAGCAUCACUUCAAAGAGCCCCGAGGACAGCAGUCUGCCAUCGUUGUGCAGCCCCACCUCGUUGACCCAGGAGGAUGAUUUCUCCUUUGUGGACUUUGGCAUGCGUGCUCCCUAUAUCCCCAUGGGUGAUGAUAUGCCCCUGCUCACAGAGACGGAUCUCAUGUGGUGUCCACCGGAGGAUCUGCAGACCAUGGUGCCCAAGGAGAUUGAUGCCAUGCAGCAGCAGUUGCAGCAGCUGCAACAGCAGCAACAUCAGCAGUACGCCAACAACAGUGGCUACCAGCAGCAGCAACAGCAGCAGUCGGCGGUCCAUCAACAGCAGCAGCAUUUCUCCAAUUCUCUAUGCUCAUCGCCUGCAUCGACGGUGUCUUCGUUAUCGCCAUCGCCAGUGCAACAACAGCAGCAGCAACAGCAACACCAGCAGCAGGCGGGAGUCUUCUCCACCGAUUCAAGCGAACUGGCAGCUUUGCUAUGUGGAUCCGGAAAUGGAACCCUUUCGAUACUUGGAGGCAGUGGUGUGACCGUGGCGGAGGAGUGCAAUGAGCGGCUGCAGCAGCAGCAGCAGCAGGGAAACAAUGAUUUCCGCAGCUUCCAGCAGUUGCAGCAGGAGUUGCAAUUGCAGGAGGAUCAGCAGCAGCAGCGUCAACAGCAGCAGCAACAGCAGCAGCAGCAGCAGCAGUUACUGAGCCUCAGCAUUGAGUGCAAAAAGGAGAAAUAUGAGGUGCCAAUGGCGACCAGUUUGUGUCAUUCCAUGGAGGAAGCAUUUGAGAAUGACUACAGCAAGGACUCUACAAAUUUGGAUUGCUGGGACCUGCUGCAGAUGCACGUGGCAGAGGCUCCAGUGAGUCCUACGGCUUCGCCUGCUCCCUGCAAGGUUACCACAAUUCAGUUGCUGCAGCAACAGCAGCAGUUACAACAACAGCAGCAGCAACAGAACAUUAUACUGAAUGCAGUGCCAUUGAUUACGAUUCAGAAUAACAAGGGAUUAAUGCAACAGCAGCAGGAGCAACUGCAGCAACCAGCUCUAAAGAUCCUGAAUGGAGCCAGCAUUGCGCCAGUGACCACCAAGGCCACCAUCCGUCUGGUGGAAAGCAAACCAGCAACGACGCAACAGCAGCAGCAGCAACGUGUGGGAAAGCUUAUGCUGCCCCAGCAGCAGCAGCAGCAGCAUGGAAACAAGCGACACCUGAACAGUGCGACAGGAGGUGCUGGUAAUCCAGUGGAAUCAAAGCGCCUGAAGAGCGGAACCAUCUGCCUGGAUGUGCAGUCACCGCAGCUGCUGCAGCAGCUCAUUGGCAAGGAUCAGGUGCAACAGAAUCAGGCCACCAAGCGAGCGGGAAGCGAACGCUGGCAGCAACAGGCGGCGGAGAGCAAGCAGCAGAAGCAGCUGCAACAACAGCAGCAGCAGCAACAGCAGCAAUCCAAUUCGGUGCUGAAGAACCUGCUGGUCAGCGGACGCGAUGCUAGCGAAUCCGAGCCCAUGAUGAUCGAUGACAACUCCCUGGAGGCACAGACCCUGGGCCUGGGCAAGUACGGCCUGCCCCUGCAUUGUCACACCUCCACAUCGACGGUGCUGAGGAACUAUCAUCACAAUCCCCUGAUCAGUGGCACCAAUUUCCAGCUGUCACCUGUCUUUGGUGGCUCUGAUGCCGGCGGCGGUGGUGGUGGUGUUGACUGCGAGACCGGGUCAGUGGUCUCCCUGGAUGACUCGGUGCCACCCGGCUUAACUGGCUGCGAUACGGAUGCCUCCAGCGACAGUGGCAUUGAUGAGAACAGCCUGGUGGAUGGGUCACCUUCCGGUUCGCCACGCAAAAGGAUCGCUCUGGAGUCGAGGGCAGCAAGUGAGCCACCUCCACCACUAGAUGCUGUGGUGCCUUCGUCCUUGGUCCAGGCUGCAGAUGAAGAGCUUGAGAAUGGCUGUGGGAGCAAUGCGCCCAGCAGGAAGACAUCGAUAUCCUUUCUGGACAGCAGCAAUCCCCUGCUGCACACCCCGGCCAUGAUGGAUCUGUGCAACGAUGACUACAUAAUGGGCGAGGGUGGAUUCGAGUUCAGCGAUAACCAGCUGGAGCAGGUUCUGGGCUGGCCGGAGAUGGUCUAGGAGAGGAGGGAGAUGAUACCUUGAUCCCACUGACAUGCACUGCAUUUCUAAGACGAUGGCAUUUUUCGACGGGGAAAUUGAAAUUAAACUGAGAAUCAAAUAAGGAAGCUAACCAAAAGAUUGAUUUUGAGCCUUGCAACAACCCCAACCCCAUCCUCUGCCCAGUUCCCAGUUCCCAGAUCCCAAGCUAACCGACACAUUUACAAACAGGAAGGGUUUAAUCACACUUGAAUAGUUUUGUAGCCAUGUUAACUGCCUAGAACAGACGAAGAGUAAUAUACACUUAUAUAAUUUAGUUAUUACACAGAGAAAACAAAAGGAGGAAAAAAGCAAAUACCAGUCGAAAAAGAAAACUAAAACAAACUACGUAAAAGAUAAAAUUUAUAUAAAAAAACGUUCAUGGUUUUUCCGCUAGAAGAAAAAGGCUCAAACAAGUUUUUUGGUGAAGGUUGUAUUUCCGAUUUCAUACCUUUCAAGCGCCAAAGCUGUGACGACAAAAAAAGAAAAGAAAAGUUUUUGAACAUGUUUUACAAGUAAAUAUAAUUACUAGAAAAGAAAAACAAAAAACACAAAAAAAUAUAUACAUACGUUUAUGUAAUUCUUAGUUAUUUAAGACAUAAUUUUCAAUGUUUUCAAAUUACAAAUACUUUAACUUUAAUUACUUUUGAACUAAGUAAACAUCUUGACCCGAUUCUUAACUCCAGGCUAUAUAAUACCUUGUGCAUUUCUAUCAAUAUAUUCAUCAUUUGUCUGUGUCGAUUUCGUUUCCAUUUAUGAUAUCUCUCAAUUUUUAUUAUUUUUUCGUAAUGUUUCCCUCAGUUACCUUGAUUCUUGAUGUAAAUUAGUUUUUAGUUCUCUGUUUAAGGCGCCGCAUCAUACAAAACGAAUUGAUUGCUUGCUUUAAUCCAAAUUCAAUCAAUGUUCAGUGUUUAAUCAACUUUGUUUUUUAUUUUAUAAAUAUUAAUUGGCAGAAUAAAAUAUUGAAAUUCAUUUCGAUGAAAGUUGCAUGCAG